AUGGCCUCAUUUAUUUUUAAAAUUUUGAUUAUCAGCUUUUUAUAUGUAUUUCUUCCUCUAUUGGCUAUUUAUACUUUACUAAAGCUUGUAGUCAGGUUAAAAAAGUUUAUUAGAAAUAAAGGGAAUUCAAAAUUGAAAAUAGCAUUUUUCCAUCCUUAUUGCAAUUCAGCAGGAGGCGGAGAAAAAGUUCUAUGGUGUUUGGUUUAUUCACUUUUAAAUUGUGUAGCAUAUAGGGAAAAUUUUGAACUGGUUAUAUACACAGGAGAUUAAGUUAGUGGAGAGGAUAUUUUAAAGAAAGCAACUGACAGGUUUAAUAUUAAUGUUCUUGAGCUUAAAGAUAAGAUUUAAUUUAUCAGGGUUUCAGGUAGAAAACUGCUCGAACCUUUUAGAGUAGCUACUAUGAUCCUUUAAGCUAUUGGAACAAUGAUUUAUACUUUUAAAUGUCUGCUUAAAUACCAACCUGAUAUUUUCUUUGAUUCCACAGGUUUUGCCUUUUCCUAUAUUGUUGUUAAAAAGUUUUUAGGAUGUAAGGUUGUCUCAUACACUCACUAUCCAUUUAUAAGCUCAGAUAUGAUUUAAAAAGUCAUUAGAAAUGAAUAAUCUUUUAAUAAUAGAGGCUUUAUUGCAUAAUCUGGACUCUUUUCUAAUAUUAAGUUUUUCUACUAUUUGAUAUUAACAAAAAUGUACAAAUUCAUGGGAAAUUAUGUAGAUAUGACUUUCACUAAUUCAACAUGGACAGAUGAUCAUAUUAGAAGUUUGUGGGCUCCUUGUCGUUAAGUCGAAACUAUUACAGAAUCAGUGAAAUUAUAUCCACCAUGUAAUGUUACUUCUUUACUUGAGUUAGAAAAGAAUUAAGAAAAUUCAACUGUACAAAUUAUGUCUUUCGCCUAAUUCCGCCCUGAAAAAGACCACAUGAUGCAAAUCAGAGUUUUUGAAAGAGUGCUUUCGAGAUUAACAGAUGAAGAAAAGCAUAAACUAUAAUUCAGAGUAGUUGGAUCUGUGAGAAACGAUGAUGACGAGUAGUUGUUAAGCAAUCUCAAAAAAGAAGUUGAAUAAAGACAUCUUAGUGAUAAAAUUUAAUUUAUCAAAAAUCCAUCUUUCAAAGAUAUUUUGAAAAUAUUUGAGCAAAGUGAUAUUGGAUUGCACACUAUGAAAGAUGAGCACUUUGGAAUUGCAGUCGUCGAAAUGAUGGCUGGAGGAUUAAUUACGAUAGCACAUAAGAGCGCUGGCCCUUUGAAAGAUAUUAUUUAAAAUGAAAAUUUCGGGUUUUUGUGUGAAAAUGAAGAUGAAUAUGUUGAAGCAACUUUAAAAGCUGUUUAAAUGCCAAAAGAAGUCAAAUAGGAGUUAGUAAGUAAUUCUAGACAAAAAGCUUAAGAAUUUAGUGAAGAUAUGUUUUACAUUAAAAGUGCUGCUCAUUUCGAGAACUUUUUAGAAUAUUUUAAUUUAGUUAAAAAGGUUUGA